UUCGUUCCCAAAAAAAAGCCAAUUUGCAAUAGUUCGUUCCCGCUAUGGGAACGAAAGAGCGAAAAGCAAAAGAGCGAAAAGUUGGGAAUAUUCCCUCUAAAUGUUCCCAAGAUGGAGAAAAUUUUUGAUAUGGAGAAAAUGGAGAAAAUAAAUACCAUGAAAAUCCCAACUGUCGCUGAUAAUUUGAAAACCAGUUUUAGGCGGAGGCAAUUAGAUAUUCAAAAAACUCAAAAAAGACACAAUUUCAUAAUCUAUAAAGGUUAUGAAUAUAUACUUCAUAAGAAAGGUAAAAAUGCUACUUAUUUUACGUGUAGAAAAAGGUGUGGUGGCCGAGGAAAAUUGUUGGCAGGUUACAAUUUUAUCAUAAGUGUGAAACAUGAUAUAAAUUGUAAGUCAAAUCAAGAUGCCCAACCUUUACCAAGCUCAAAUCCUCAGCUUAAUGGCAAUAAUGAUGCACAGGCUUUGCUCACUGCCAUUGAAAAUGCAAAUUCAAUACAAUCUCCAAGCAACUCUCUAUUAAGAGAUAGCCAUGCCUUUGCUGUUGAAAAUGCAAUUUCAAUACAAUCUACAAGCAGCUCUCUAUUAAGACAAAGCCAUGCCUUUGCUGCUGAAAAUGCAAAUUCAAUACAAUCUCCAAGCAACUCUCUAUUAAGACAAAGCCAAGCCUUUGCUGCUGAAAAUGCAAAUUCAAUACAAUCCACAAGCAACUCUCUAUUAAGACAAAGCCAUGCCUUUGCUGCUAAAAAUGCAAAUUCAAUACAAUCUCCAAGCAACUCUAUUAAGACAAAGCCAUGCCUUUGCUGCUGAAAAUGCAAAUUCAAUACAAUCUCCAAGCAACU